CCGCCUAGGGGUUAGGCUUAAAGAUGUAAACUAAAUCGGGUGCGCAAUUGGUCUCGAGUCGGACUAGACAUUACUUUUGAGGACAGCUCGAGAGACGCAGAGCUGAGACAAACUCUCUCUUUCUCUCUCGAAAAUCUAUUGACAACACUCUGACAACUCAAAUGACUGACGGGCCGAGGAAUGGAACUGUAAAUGUUAUUUUAAUGUUCUUGUUGCAUGAAAGGUAUUCAGUUUUCACCUCUGUCUUUUUUGCAGACGUCAAAUAAAGUUAAAUAUGCUAGCUACACCGAGAGAAAACAUUUUUUAUAUCGACUGUUCGCGGUGGAAAUCUAUGGUAAACGAAUUAAUUUCAAACGAGUUUGUAAUUGCGGAAUACCCUCUGGAUUAAUGCUAAUGUUCCAGAAGCUGUUUGGAAAGAUUGCCAUCCUUCAUUCCUUUGAAAAUUUAGUGUCAGAUAAUGGAUACUGCAUUUAUUUUUGAGGAGUCUCUAUCACACACGAAUCCACCCUCUGCCCCAGAACGGCUGACCAAUGAAACCCAGUGAUGUUUUCCAUGCAUCACAGCAAUUCGUCCAGCCAUGGCCCUGGCCCUGGCCUCGGCUCCGCCCCCUUCACCCUCCUGUCCAACCAGAGCCAGGGGAUGGCGGCAGUCGCAGCCGUGUCCAAACGGGGCAACCUGACCUCCGAGGGGUCCGCCGGGGGCCCUUUUGUGGCCGGCCUGUCCAUGACCCUGGGCAUCGUCUUUAACAUCGUGGCUCUGGUCAUUCUGGCCAAUGCCUACACCCACCACCGCCGGCGCUCCAAGGCCACCUUCCUCCUGUUCGCCAGCUCCCUGGUGAUGACGGACUUUGCGGGACACGUGAUUCCCGGCACCCUCGUGCUGCGGCUCUACCUCUGCAGAGGGGCCCCCGCGCCGCUCAGCCCUCCGGACCGGCUCUGCCAGUUCCUGGGCGGGAGCAUGGUGUUCUUCGGCCUCUGCCCGCUCUUCCUGGGCUGCGCCAUGGCGGUGGAGCGCUGCCUGGGGGUGACGCGGCCGCUGCUCCACGCCUCCUUGGUCACCACCACCCGGACUAAGCUCUGCCUCUCCUCCAUCUGGCUGCUGGCCCUCUGCGUGGCCCUGCUGCCGUGCUUCCGGCUGGGCGCCUACACCUACCAGUUCCCCGGCACCUGGUGCUUCAUCAAGGUGCUGGAGGACACCAGGCAGGCGGACGUGGCCUUCGUGCUGCUGUUCUCCGGGCUGGGGCUGGCUUCCCUGAGCAUAGCCCUGGUGUGCAACACCGUCAGCGGGGUCACGCUCGUGCUGGCCAGGCUGCGCAAGAAGUCCAGCACCCACCGCUCAGCCAAGUCCCACGACAUUGAGAUGGUGGUGCAGCUAUUGGGCAUCAUGGUCACUUCCUGUAUCUGCUGGAGCCCCCUGCUGAUCUUUGGCCUGAUGUCGGUGACACACUCCUACAGCAGCUCCACCGGGGAGGACCUGGAGACCUACAAGAUGCUGAUGGUGAUGGGUGUUCGCCUGGCCUCCUGGAACCAGAUCCUGGACCCCUGGGUCUACAUCCUCCUCCGCAGGGCGGUGUUGAGGAAGAUCUGCCUCAUGACCACACGCCGCACAGACCUGAGAGGGAGCACUUUCCGACGCUGGGAGGUCAGUUCCCUCCGGAGCUCGGAGAAGAAAGCUGCCAACAAGAUCUGAGGAUGGGCAGACCUCCAGAGCGGACAGGGAGAAGGGAAAGGGAGACAGCUGUCUCCCCUUUACCAGAUUUACCCAUAAGCGGUGCCACUUCCCCAAUGUAACACAACACCAUCCUCCUUUUCUCUUUGUUUCUGAUCCAGAGACAUUGGUCAGCAGGAAGAGCCUGCUUUAUCAUGCUGUUUUGCACAAAACAUUGGAUAACAUUGCUUUUUUUGUGGUGGUCAGAGACAAUAGGACACUGUGUCCACAUGUGAGGCUGUCCAAAUGGUGGCUUUUUUCUAAUUCUGCACCUCUGGAGAAAAUUGCAGAUCCAGUUGUUCUUUCAUGAAGCAACAGAAAUGCACAGUGACAUGAUGCACAGUAUGUCUGAAACUCGUAGCGGGUUAUUGCUACAGCGUCUGGUGAGCCUCAAAGCCGGCCAUUGUUUCACACACAAACCAAUCCGCAUGCUUACAUCUGAGGAUUUAAGUCUGCUGGGCUGCAUCGCAGUAGUUGUGCUUAUUUGAAUGCUGUGUAUGUGUGUUUGGAGCUUGGACUCCAGUGGUAUCGUCCCUAUGAAAUGUUAGUUUUAAUUGAAAUAAAUCAUCAGCAAGUCCUGCUGUUUGUCUUGUAAACAAUGCUAAGCCAAAGUAAGAGGUUAUAUAUUUUUUUUCCAUGUUUGAAAAUGUGUGAAAGGCUAUUUCAUACGUUGUAUAUUUUGUUUUCCCAAUUGUCUGGGGACAUAAAAUGUAGUUAUGUUGAAUGUAACAAUGGCAAAUAAAAAGGAAUCAUAUUGA